CGAGCAGCGGUUGGAGCCUGGGAGCCUGCGCGGCGCGGCGGCUGGGCCGAGAGGGGAGAUGAACACGGUGCUGUCCCGGGCCAACUCGCUCUUCGCCUUCUCUUUGAGCGUGAUGGCGGCGCUCACCUUCGGCUGCUUCAUCACCACGGCCUUCAAGGAGCGGAGCGUGCCCGUCAGCAUCGCCGUGUCCCGGGUCACGCUAAAAAAUGUAGAAGAUUUCACUGGACCUAGAGAAAGAAGUGAUCUGGGAUUCGUCACAUUUGACAUUACUGCAGAUCUGCAGAGUAUAUUUGACUGGAAUGUUAAACAAUUGUUUCUAUAUUUGUCUGCAGAAUAUUCAACAAAAAACAAUGCUCUAAACCAGGUGGUCCUUUGGGACAAGAUCAUGUUGAGAGGAGAUAACCCAAGGCUGUUCUUAAAAGACAUGAAGUCAAAGUACUUUUUCUUUGAUGAUGGAAAUGGUCUGAAGGGAAACAGGAACGUCACUUUGACUCUCUCCUGGAAUGUUGUACCAAAUGCUGGCAUUCUACCUCUUGUAACAGGAUCAGGACAUGUGUCUGUACCUUUCCCAGAUACCUAUGAAACAACAAAAAGUUAUUAAAUUAUAAUACUGAAUCCUAA